AUGAGUAUUAGCAGGGGUGUUUCAGAAAUUAGCUUCGGUGGAAUAGCAGCAUCUUCUCCAGGUGGACACAGUCCUCCAAUGGGGAAUGGCACUUCGCGUCCCUCAGGUGAAGAUGAUGAUUUUGAUUGUGUUGACAUUUAUAAGCAACCAGCGCUUAAUCAUCCUUUACUCAAGGAUCACGAAAUUCAGUUAUUUCCAAAUUUCUCAAAAAAUCCGAUCGCAAGUAGUGAAUCAUAUAAGGGUGAAUCUACUCAUAAAGUUUAUAUCCAUAGUAAAGGUUGUCCAUCCGGUAUGGUACCUAUUGAGAGGACUAAAGCUAAAUAUGGUCACCAAUUUUCACAGCAAUCCCCUCGUCUACAUUUUGCAACAUUGAAUACGAUCCCCAAUACAGCAGUCCAUGGAGCACGAGCAACCAUGAACACAUGGAAUCCUAGUGUAACAAGUGGCCAAUUUAGCAUGGGUGUAAUUAGGAUUCAAAGCGGACCCCCUGCUCAACUUAAUAUCAUACAAGCCGGAUGGGCAGUACAUUCAGAUCUGUAUGGUGAUCAUAAGACACAUUUCACUAUAAGAUGGACAGUAGAUGGAUUUAGAAGGACUGGUUGUUACAAUGCGCGAUGUCCAGGUUUUGUGCAAGUGCAUCCUACAGUUAGACCAGGUUUACCUUUUAGAGAAACUUCCGUCUUUGGAGCAGAACAACAUAUUAUUGACGUUCAAAUUAUACAGGAUCGGAAUGGUAAUUGGUGGUUGGUAUCAGAGGGCAAUAUAUACGUGGGAUAUUGGCCCAAGAAAAUAUUCACUCACUUAGCACAGGGUGUUUCAGAAAUUAGCUUCGGUGGAAUAACAGCAUCUUCUCCAGGUGGACAAAGCCCUGCAAUGGGGGCUGGCACUUUGCCUUCGGCAAACUACAAAAAAACUGGUUUUUUUGAGGAUAUCAAAAUUGCAGAAUUUAGCUUCGGUGGAAUAGCAGCAUCUUCUCCAGGUGGACAGGGUUCUCCAAUGGGGGCCGGCACUUUCCCUUCCGCAAAUUACAAAAAAAACUGGUUCUGCUAA